AUGUCAACGACUCGUGCACCAUCAAAGAUCGUGCUGCAAGCGCAUUCCCUGUUGCCAUCAUACGACAAUCCCGAAGCCACAACAGGCGACACGUGCGUUCGUCCGCUGACGACACUUGCGGCUCCAUCGAUUGUUGUGGGCACGGGGGUCCACUCGACUUUCCAGGUACAAGACGAUCAAGAGGUGGACGCAGCUCAUGGGACACUGGAACGCACGAUUGGACGGGGUGUUUGGAUCUACAGCGACCACAGUCGUCGCGGCUCGAUCGUGAACGGAAGUAAACGACUGCAUCGGGACGCGGUCGUCGUGCACCACGGGGAUACAUUGGAAGUAGGUCAGACAGUGAUUGGAUUGGAUCUAGAAAUGAACACGACGACAGCGGCAUGUUCGACUGACGAACCCGUCGAUCGAGCGAUGGACAACCACGUGCAACCUAUUCCGAUGCACCAAAAGACGGCGUUGAGCGCACGGAAUGUUGCGAGGAUGGCUCGACGUCGAGCGUCGACACCGUGGGGACCAGCGGUCGCAGUGCACCAAACUUUUGGAACCACUAAACCCAGAACAUUGCAGAUUGAAACGUCGGGACUGGACGGUAAUGGUUGUAGUUCAUCCUCCACCGCGGUUGAAUUGGUGCGAACUCCUCUGGAAUACACAGCGUCGCCGGUUGCAUGUACGCGGUGGUGUAGCAAAAGAAGCUUUGUUGCUACGGCAACACCAGUGGCAGCGGGAGCUUCGCCGUCACUAUCUGUUGAUCAGUACCAACACCCACCGAAAGAUUACCAAGCGAGUAAGGGGGUCGAGCGCAUCUCACAUGUAUCUUCCUCAUCACCCCGUCAGAUGUUCAAGGGAUCCAGUGCAGAGAAGGCUAGUCGCCCACCUCCGUUAGGAUAUUCUAGCUCCCCAACAGUAUCUCCGUCAGCUUUAGCGGCACGGCAGCGUCGCAACAUCGAAGAGCAGCCGUCCAGACGUAGUGUGUUGCCAAGUCCUGCAUCUGACUGUACGGCUGUAGAGCUACCACAGCCGAAGAAUGCAGACGUUCGGCCAAGCUCACGACGCGAUAAUCUUCGCAUUCAAGUGUCGAAGAAAAUGGCUGCAGCAGCGCCUGUGAGUGCUAAAAGCAUCAAUAUUCCCCGACAUGUCCCAGUGCCGAAUUUGGAUUUUGAGGCGCCAGCGUCGCCUGUGGCACAGAGGGACAUCAUUAAACAGCAGGAAUCUCUGCAGAUAAUUUUGCAGCACAAAAUCGAAGAGGAACGGCUACUCAAACAGCAGCAAGAAGAAUGGAUGAGGCAAUACUUGACGCCAGUUUCCACGAGCGACAGCGAAUUGAAUUAUGAAGCCGUUUCCGAGCCACGGAUUCCCCUGUCGCCUACAAAAGAGAAUGACAUUGUUCCGGGCGAGUUGGCACGUGGUGCAAUUCCGGUACUGCUUCUUGCAGAAACGGGACUUGAUCAGCAACGUCCAGCACCUGUGAAAACAAGUCCACGGCGUACAGGAGUCGUUCGAUCACCUCAAGCACGACUUGAUGGAUUUCAAAAACGAUCAAAUGAGCCGGAUGUGACGAAAUGCUGUACACCCGAAGCACUUGCGUCAAGCAUCAACAGAACAAAUUAUCUGGAGAACAGCAAUUGCGAAAUCGAUUGCGCAGUGCGCAGCUCCGAUGAAAGUGUCCUAUCUACGGCAACUACAACUAUUGCGUGUCACCGCCAUGUCACGAGCUCGCUAUCAUCAAGCUGUGCCAGUUCCAUCGGACGUUGUGAUUUUUCCGGCAAUGAGGAUGAAGAGGAGACAGAAGACACAGUCAGGUCAUACCCGAAAUCCGAUAUGUAUGAACCAGCUGCACUGCCACGUCGCUCUCGUGAAGAACCAGUGCUGAUGUUUGACCUUGAUCGCAACAGCAGCAUACAUUCAUGGCGUGAGUCGAAUUAA